UUUUUUUUUUUGGGUCGGCAGGUUUUCUAAAUAUUAAUUAAUUAACUUUAUUUUUUUAAAAAAGUUUUUGCAGCUUCAAGCUUCAACUGCAAUCAUCUCUUGUUUCAUCUCUCUGGUUUUCAGCAUAUAUCCUGGGCAUGGUAUUCUACUCCAAGCUCCUCCGGUUCCUUCUACAUUUCUGAAGCAACAGAGUAAUGCAGCUGGGAUUUCGAAGUUAUAUUUGGCUUGCGAAUGGUUAAGAGUGCCCCCCUCUCCCCGCAAAUUGUAUCGUCGUUGGUUCCUGAGAAUGUAGAGGUUAGGAGGUAAUGAAUAAAAUUGAAUCACAAUCACCUAAUUUCUCGGAGGUAUGGUGCCAUCAACCAGAUUUUUUUAAUCUCUUUAUACUCAAUAAGCUUGGUUCCCCUCUGCGCCCUGGAGAAGGCGUAGUUAAUCAAAAGAACGAGGAAUCUCUGCGUGUCUAAAACAAACAAUGCAGUUGGAACAAGAGGAACAGGGAAAAGGGGAAAUUAACAACUUAGGUCAAGAUGUUAAACAAAUCGAAGCUUUAGGAGGCAUGUUUGAAGGUGCUCCCGUGCAUCACAAUGGAAAUAAGUCUGAUGAACUGUUCCAUUCGAAGCAAGAAUCACAUGUGGAUCUUUUUCCUACUAAAAUUAUGGAAUUGCCUUCAACCAGCUUGGAAAGUACCCCAACUCAACUGCUUUUCAACGUGGGAAACAGGAUUCUGAAUGACAUAUUUGUUAGAAUAAAUGGAGAUGUACCUCAUCGUGCAGCAUGCCUGUUGAGAAAUAUUCUUCAAGUGAUUGAGUGGCGCUUUUCAAAUCAAGCAGAGAGCCUGAAAACCCAAAACAAUCUUUUCAAGGCUCGUGAAGGGAAAUACCAAUCAAGAAUAAAUGCACUUGAAACCCUUGUGGCAGGGACAACUGAGGAGAACGAGGUUGUCACCAGUUGGUUGCAGAAAUUGAAGAUUGCUCUGCAGCAUGAGAAAACUGAACUGGAGAGGAAGAAACUUGAAGAGCAGGAUUUUGCUCAAUUUAAAAGAGACAAAGUCCGCCAUGAAAUUGAGAUUUCUGCACUGAAGCAAGAGCUGGAAACGACUAGAAGGGCACAUGAAGAGCAGUGCUCGCUGUUAGAAUUGCAUCUUAAUGAAUCUAAAGCUCAUUAUGAGAAGAGAAUAGAAGAACUUGAGGGUCAUCUUGCAAAUGCAAGGACACAAGUGAAGGAACUGAAGACCUUUUUGAAAUCCAAAUCUUUGAAAUGGAAGGACAAGGAGCAUACCUUUGAGAGUUUCCUAAAUGACCAAUUUGGAGCUUUCCAAGAAUUGCGAGCUGCAAUGGAAUCUGUAAAAAGGGAAUUACUAAAAUCAAAGAGAAGCUACUCCGAUGAACUCAAAUACUUAGGAAUGAAGCUCAAAGGUCUUGCUGAAGCUGCUGAAAAUUAUCAUGAAGUUCUUGCGGAAAAUAGAAAAUUGUAUAAUGAAGUUCAAGAUAUGAAAGGAAGUAUUAGAGUAUAUUGUCGAAUCAGACCAUUUCUUCCAGGGCAAAGCCAAAACCAGACAACUAUUGAGUUUGUUGGGGAUAAUGGUGAAUUAAUUGUUAGCAAUCCUCUCAAGCAAGGGAGCGAAAGUUGUAAGCUUUUUAAGUUUAACAAGGUUUUUGGUACAUCAGCAACUCAAGAGGAAAUAUACAUUGACAUCCAACCACUUAUUCGUUCUGUUCUGGAUGGUUACAAUGUUUGUAUAUUUGCAUAUGGUCAAACUGGUUCAGGAAAGACAUACACAAUGAGUGGACCUAGCUUAUCAUCAAAAUCGAAUUGGGGAGUCAACUACCGAGCACUUCAUGAUCUUUUCCAAAUCUCCCAAAGUAGGAGAGGCUCCAUCAUUUAUGAAGUCGGUGUUCAAAUGGUUGAAAUUUACAAUGAAGUAGUUCGGGAUUUGUUAUCAAGCAACGGUCCUCAAAAGAGAAUAGGGAUUUGGAAUACUGCUCAACCAAAUGGGUUGGCAGUCCCCGAUGCAAGUAUGCAUUCUGUGAAUUCAAUGAAAGAUGUCUUGGAGUUGAUGAAUAUUGGGCAGCUGAAUCGAGCAACUAGUGUCACAGCUUUAAAUGAAAGAAGUAGUAGAUCCCAUAGUGUUCUCACUGUUCAUGUCCGUGGCACGGAUUUGGGAACCAACACUAUAUUGCGUAGCUGCUUGCAUCUCGUAGAUCUUGCGGGAAGUGAACGAGUAGACCGUUCUGAAGCAACAGGAGACCGGUUAAAGGAGGCACAACAUAUAAACAAAUCCCUAUCAGCCCUUGGAGAUGUGAUCUUUGCUUUGGCUCAAAAGAGUCAGCAUGUGCCAUACAGAAAUAGUAAAUUAACACAACUUCUUCAAAGUUCAUUAGGUGGCCAAGCGAAAACCCUUAUGUUUGUGCAGCUUAAUCCUGAUAUUGCUUCAUAUUCUGAAACAAUAAGCACCUUGAAGUUUGCAAAGAGGGUUUCUGGUGUUGAGUUAGGUGCUGCACGUAGCAACAAAGAGGGGAAGGAGGUCAGACAACUCAUGGAGCAGUUAACAUGUUUGAAGGAUGCGGUUGUGAGAAAGGAUGAAGAGAUUGAGCGGUUGAGAAUGCUCAAGGCAAGUCUCGAAAACUCAAAUCAGGGUAUGAUCUCAUCGAGGCAUGAAUCAUCAAUUCAUAGGAGACAACCCAUAAGGACUCCCCGACAUAGCCAAAAACAUUCAGGAAUUGGUGAAAAUGCUGCUGCUGACAUGGGCAACUACUCAGAGUAUGAUGAGAAGCAUUCAGAACUAGGCUUUAAUUAUUCAAUGGACGGACUAAUCAAAAACCCAGGUUCCCUACGGUUAAAAUUAACCAGAGAAAAUAAAGAUAAGGAUUUCAAUGAGGUGGACGAGCUGUUAGGAAUUGGAGAUGAAAAUUUUGAAGAGAGAUUAAGUGACAUAUCAGAUGGUGAUCUCUCAAUGGGAACAGAAACUGAUCGAUCAAUCAACAGUAUUAUGGAAUCCACUCUUUUCCCUGAAGCGAGGUCAGCUGAACUUACACCAACUAGAAGUAUAACCGAGAACAUUCCAGCUGAGAACACAGAGAAAUUUACCAUUCCAUCGUCCAUAAAAAUUUCCAGAGCCUCACAAGUCCCACGAGUGCAGAUAAAAUCAUCGAGGUUGUCACUAAGUAGAAGCUCCUCAAAGGUUAUCUCAAGUGUAAGGAAAACCGCAGCUGGUAGCUCUUCCUCAUUGAAGCCGCCUAAACGAUAGCAACAGCCGGGAUUUUGCCUGAACGUUGUAGAAUGACUAUAGGGGUAGGAACUAAUCCUUGUUAUGAUUCUGUGCUCCAGUUGUAGCUUAUCGCCCGUUCAAUCUGUGAUAUUGGAUGAGGCGGUUUAAAACUUUAGCUUGUAUCUAAGCAUACUAGGGUUUGGCCUGCGAACUUCAGCUAGUUACUAACUUGUUUGUCAUCAUAUCAAGGCGCCAUGCGAUCUUUAUUCAA